UGCCCCCUUCCCAUGACGUCACGCGUGGCACAUAAGUUGCAACUUGUUACGAAAACAUCUAUUUUCGUAGCGGUGUCUCGGGCCCUUUGUCAUCAUUUCUAGUGCCGAUAUCGCGGACACAACUGCUACAAAGUCUUCUCCCGACAUAAAGAGUUUGUUUUACACCAUGGCAGUCCGUGCACAGUUCGAAAAUAGCAACGAAGUCGGCGUUUUUGCCAAACUGACGAACGCGUACUGCCUGGUGUGCGUCGGAGGGUCGGAGAACUUCUACUCCGUGUUUGAAGCGGAACUUUCGGACGUGAUUCCCGUGGUACACACCACCAUAGCCGGCUGUAGAAUAAUCGGGCGCAUGACGGUAGGAAACCGGAAUGGUCUGCUGGUGCCGUCCACAACAAACGACCAGGAACUGCAGCAUAUCAGGAACUCUUUACCAGACAGUGUGAAGAUUGAGAGAGUAGAAGAGAGACUGUCGGCUCUAGGGAACGUCAUCACAUGUAACGACUACGUAGCUCUGGUGCAUCCUGACCUGGACAGGGAGACAGAGGAGAUCCUUGCAGAUGUGCUGAAGGUGGAAGUUUUUCGGCAGACAGUUUCUGACAAUGUCCUGGUCGGCAGCUACGCAGCGCUCAGUAACCAGGGGGGGCUGGUACACCCCAAAACCACCAUAGAGGACCAGGAUGAACUGUCAUCACUUCUACAGGUACCGCUAGUAGCGGGUACUGUGAACCGAGGUAGUGACGUGGUCGGCGCGGGGAUGGUCGUGAACGACUGGAUCGCCUUCGCGGGGAUGGACACCACCAGUACGGAGCUGUCUGUGAUUGAGAGCGUGUUUAAACUGGGCGACGCUCCACAGGGAGCCGUCACCACGGCCAUGAGAGACUCGCUGAUCGACAGCAUGACAUAAAAACACGGUCCCAUGUCUGUACAUGUCCUACUGUCAGUGUUGUGUUGAAAACCCUUAAAGUCCAUGUGUGGACUGAUCUUUCCUUAUGUCCACUUCUCUCACAGAAUGGCCAACAACAAUCAAUGAUAUCUUAGACCCUUGUAAGAAGUCAGCACAAAUGAAGAGGUUGCUGUGUGGCGUAUGUGCUUACUGACAUUUGUACCUCUUAAGGCCAUUCCUGUGGUGCAUUAGGCCGUCCUCCUUACAGUAUAACCUUGUGCCUCUGCUUGUGGCCUUUAUAAAGUAUGACAUGAUAGCAAUUUAUAGUAUAAUUGUUACACAAGAAAUGCAUGAAAUAUACUACCCAGUACAGAUAUUAGGAAACACUGAGACCAUGUUGUAAGCCCUGUAUACUAUGUGUACAGUUAAGUUUCACACGCCUGUCAUGGUGCCCUUUUUGUCCAAAUCAUAGCUAAAUCAGUCAAUGUAGCCUUUUGGUAUUUCAUCUGUAUUGAUUAAUGGCAGGAAGGUGGUUAAAGUGGCCACUUUGUUUUGCACAUCUAAUGCUGGGGUCACAAUUCCCAUACGGGGCCCAGCCGGGCAGCUUUUGGGAACGAAAACUACGAUACAGAAGACAACAAAACAUCGAAAAGAUCUUAAUAACAAUCAUGGGCUCUAUUUCUCUAUAUUCUUGAUGAGAAUAGUUAAUUUUUCGUUCGUACAAACAGCCCUGGCCGGGCCCCGGUUUUGAAAUGUGACCUAAGCAUAAGGACAGGUAAAUGACUUUUGUAUAAAAUAUAAAGUGUCAGAUAACUAGUGAGUACAGUACACAGAGCUAUGUGUCCUUCUAACACUGGUGGUUAACAGUCAGUCCUUCAAAUCAAUAAAGAAGCUUUCUAUAACAA